AUGGUCACUAUGGCGUCAAAUCAUGACGAAUCUUCAGCAUUGCGCCAUAACGUCGAAUUGGAUCUGGAGCGGUCAAGGAGGAAUACUUCAACAGGAGACAUUCAAGAAUUAUGUUUAGCAACAAAAGAACAAUCGAAUCGCGAAAAUCUUGAUACUGAUAUAGUUGAAUCCAUUGAACCUCUUUCAAUGGAGGACAAUUGCAGAGCCGAUCACGAUCAUUCCGAUCCUACAAUCACCAUCUCGUCGACAAGUAAAUUGGCAGGUCAAACAGUUGCGCCUUUUCUUGCGAAACACAUUCCAGAACAAUACGCUCCUUUUGGACCCCCACAAACUACAUCAAUCUCCCGAAAAGAUCCAAACACAAAAUAUUGUUAUCGACAUCGACCAGAUUCGAAAUGUCGAAGAACCGCAGAUGAACCUACCAUGGAGAAUUUACAAAGAGAACUUGAGACCUUGUCGCAAUCAGAUCAACAAGGUAUCUCUCAUGUUUGGACACUAUUCUCUGCUGCGCCAUCGAAACAUCGAAACCUUAUGCUUCAAGGCAUCCUAUCGCAAUGCUGCUUUCCACAAUUAUCCUACCUCUCCUCCGCUGUCAAGAACCUCAUACGAAUUGACUUCAUCACAGCUUUACCUUCCGAAAUCUCCUUUAAAAUUCUCUGCUACCUCGAUACAACUUCUUUAUGCAAAGCUGCUCAAGUCAGUAGACAAUGGCGAAUAAUGGCGGAUGACGAUGUUGUUUGGCACAAGAUGUGUGAACAGCAUAUUGAUAGAAAAUGUACAAAGUGUGGUUGGGGUUUACCAUUGUUGGAGCGAAAACGAUUGAGAGAUUGGAAGAGACAACAACAACUGCGAGCUACAGGAUUAGGUCUUAAUGGUCAAUCGCCUCAGAUCACAGCCAUGUCGGAUACUUUGCGCAACACGGGAACAAGUGUUGUGACAUUAAAUGCUUCAGGGAAGAGAAGUGCCACUGAGUCGGAGUCCUCAGGAGAAAGCUCAAAGCGACAACGUACCAAUCCGGAGGAAUCAUGCCUUGGAAGACCAAGAUUUAGGCCAUGGAAGGACGUAUACAAGGAUCGAUUCAAGGUUGGAACGAAUUGGAAAUAUGGUCGAUGCUCGUUGAAAAUAUUCCGAGGUCAUUCAAAUGGUGUUACUUGUUUACAAUUCGACGACAAUAUCCUCGCUACUGGAUCAUAUGAUACCACCAUCAAGAUUUGGGAUAUCGAGACGGGAGAAUGUUUACGAACUUUACGUGGUCAUACAUCUGGAAUUCGAACAUUGCAAUUUGAUGACACCAAGUUGAUCAGUGGAAGUCUCGAUAGAAGUAUUCGGGUUUGGAAUUGGCGUACUGGAGAAUGUAUGUCGUCUUAUCCGGGCCAUACUGAUGGAGUUGUUGGUCUUCACUUUGAAGGAAAUCUUCUAGCCUCAGGUUCUAUUGACCGAACGGUUAAGGUCUGGAAUUUUGAAGAUAAAUCUACAUUCGGUUUACGGGGUCACAAGGACUGGGUUAAUGCCGUCAAAGUUGAUUCGGCUUCCAGAACAUUAUUUUCUGCUUCUGAUGAUUGUACCAUUCGACUUUGGGAUCUGGACACUCGACGUACGAUCCAGACUUUUGAAGGUCAUGUGGGGCCAGUUCAACAAGUCACCAUCCUACCACCCGAGUAUGAAUUUGAUGAUGUGGAUGUUGAAGAAGCAGAUGAUGGAACAUCAAGUACAGCAUCAUCAACUGAACUCAAUCGACCAAUCGGAGAAAGUUGUUCUUCGUCUCAAGGCUCCUCUCUAUUUGAUUCGUGGCCAGCAGGUCGUCCUCGUCCUCCCCGCUAUAUCCUCACCGGUGCGUUGGACAAUAAUCUUCGUCUCUGGGAUGUAUCAACAGGUCGCUGUCUCAAAACACUCUUUGGUCAUGUGGAAGGUGUAUGGGCACUUGCAGGUGAUACAUUGAGAGUUGUCAGUGGAGCCCAAGAUAUGAUGACGAAAGUAUGGGAUGCGAGGACGGGAAAAUGUGAUAGGACAUUUACGGGUCAUAGAGGUCCAGUUACAUGUAUCGGAUUAAGUGAUAGUAGAAUGUGUACAGGAAGUGAGGAUUGUGAAGUUAGACUUUAUAGUUUCAAGGGGAAGUAG